AUGGCUUACAAUAGUGGUAAUUCAGGAAGUGAGGACGCUAGUGGAAAUAUUUGGAGUUCAGGAUCACACGGCGGUGCACGCAUGGGUUAUUCAAGUUCAAACAAUGACGAUGAUAGUGGUUCAAGAGGAGGUGGAUCAUAUCGCGGGUCAUUUGGAAAUAAUAAUUCAAGAUCUGGCGGCAGCAGCGGCGGCGGUUAUGGGUUCCGACGACAAAAUAACGAUCGAGGAGAUGUUGAAACACUUACUGAUGCGAUAUUUAUUCAAAAUCUACCGAAAAGUAUUACACGCGAUCAGAUUCUUGACAUUUUCUCAACUGUUGGAACAAUCAAAACUGAUGAACGAUCAGGUGGUCCAAAAAUCUGGAUCUAUAAGGAUCGUGAUACCGGCGAAUCAAAUGGCCGUGCUACAGUAACAUAUGAGGAUGAUGAGACAGCUAAUCGUGCUAUUUCAAAAUAUAAUGAUCAAGAGAUUGAUUCGAUCGGUUCAGUUGUACGUGUACAAUUAGCACAACGCCGCAAUCGUAAUAAUAAUGGCAAUGACCGUGGUGGUGGCCGAGGUGGUUACCGUGGCGCUCGCAGUAAUUGGAGUAGCGAUAGUGAUUCUCGUCAAAAUUACAAUUCCAGUAGCAGUAGUCGAUGGGGUAGCUCCUCUGGAAAAGGAUUUUCUGAUGAUCGAAGUGGUGGUAGUAGUAGCCGAGGUGGCGGCUUCCGUGGAAUGGGUGGCGGUAGUAGUUCAUUUGAAAAUGGAGAUGAUCGUAGCGGUUCAUAUCGUGGUAGCCGCAGUGGCCCAUAUCGUGGCGCCAGCCGUGGCAAUGGUGGUUCAUCAAACUAUGCUCCAUAUUGA